AUGGAAACAAGAUUUAAAGAAGUUAAAAAUGAAGCUAGACAAGACUGGCACCAAACUAGUACGGGUGUUGGACAUCAUUACAGACCCGGUUACUAUUUUCCAGAUUCACAAUUUCGAAGUGUUAUGAAUGAACCUUUACCAAGAAAUUUAGCAGCACCAGAUGAAAUAAUAGAUAAUCAGAGAUAUGAUACAACAACUGGCAAAGCUCAUGAUAAUAAACAUCCUGGUACAACUUAUAAUAAUUUAGUUCAUUUAAAACCUCCUGGACAUUGGAAAGUUAACUAUGUCAAAGAUUUAGCUGAAAAGCUUGGUCAAGGAGGUUGGAGAAGACCAUUAACUAUGGGAAAUCAGAAAACAGAAACACAAGAUAAUUUCCGAGCUCAACCUGGUAUUAAAGAUCACUACAGAUUUGAAGAAGUUUAUCAUCCACAAGGAUUUCUCUUACAAGACUAUCAUAAUGAAGGCCCCUCAAAGGUAUCUAGUACUACUAAUCCUAAAUUACAAGGUAAACCAUUCUAUGUACGUGAUGGUGGUGUUUUACCUUUACUAGAUCCUUAUUUAUCAACAACACACAAACAUCAUAGAUCCUUUAAACCCAGUGAACUGAAGAAAUACCCUAAGAAAGAUAUUGCCACCUAUUGGGAUUGUGAAGAAUAUCCUAAAUCUAUGGGAUUUGGAAUGAAAGAAAACCCAUUACCUAAAAAUUCAGUACCAAGAGAUAGAUUACCCAUGAGAGAUACUAUGGUAUUUCCUACUGCUACUAAAAUACCACGCCAACCAAAAGCAUUGGUACCAGUACCACACAGUGGUUUGAAAUCAGUGUAUAAAGAUAAUUAUACCAGACCAUCAGAUGUUCGAAUGAAACAUAACCACUACUGUCCUGUUGAUACCCCCUACACCUUACCAGACCCUGGUACCAACUCUAUCAUGACAGCACCUAAAAUGUAUACUACAGAGUACAAAAAUGUUGGUAGUGGAAAACCUAUUGUGGUUUAA